CUUUUUUUUUUAUUAUCUCUUAUCGCUUUUUUAAUAUUUGCUUUCCACACCAGUUGAAAGAAACUGAUAUAUUUAUAAUGGAAACCAUCACUUGCAAUCCAUCUUCCUCUUGUACACUCAAUCACAGCUAUGCCCAUGCAUGCCCACAAGAAGAUGCGAGGUUUUUACGAUAUUCACACAAGCCGACAGUAUUACCGAGUGUAAAUUUACCCAUGUCUAAACCGGCCGCACCGUCCGCCUCAUCUUCCAUCAAUCCAUUGUUCUAUAACCUUCAAGAUGUCGUUGCACAAUAUCGAUCUCAACCGGAGCUGUUAAAACUCAUUUUGGCAAGCAAAGUCGAAGAAGAUAAACGACGGGCCGAAGAAGCCAAAUUACGGGCUAAAGAACUUGACUUGCAUAUUCAGAGACAUCACCGCGUAUCGUCCCUGUCUCUGGAAAAUACGGGACUUAGGGAGAAAAGAGACCGGGAACUGGUUUCCAAAGAUAUCCUGAGACGAUCUUCUGGCAGUAGUCAUGGCAGUAACAAUAGCGACGGUGCCGCCGCCCACCGCGCAGCAACAAUAGCACCUUAUCCAUUGCCUAUGCGACGUGACUCUAUCCGAAACUCUCUAGACAUCUCUUCACUACAUCAUCAGCAGCGUCGCAAUUCGGCUGCUGCCGCCAUGCUUGCCAUGGGGUCUGUUCCUCAAGCGUCCUCGCAAACUCCCACCACCCUCACUUCACCUUCCUCUACUUCCUCCACUUCUUCCUCUUCCUAUCUGCAACACCAGAGUGCUUAUCCCUCCCCCUCUCCUGAUUACUACGAUAUACAUGACAAGGACGAUCGCCCUGCAGGCCGAGGCCGUCGACGUCGCGAAAUGCAAGCGAUUACCAAGAUUGUUGAAACCCGCGAAUUCCCAUAUAAUGACAAUCAUUUCUGGAAAAAUAAUGGCAACACUAUCCAGAAAAAAACUGGAUGCAAGAGCGUCUAUUACAAAUGCACCAAUAGCACCAAGGGUUGCCCAGUAAAUAAAACCGUGACCGCCAAACCCACCGGAGAGUACCUGAUCAAGUAUCGAGGUGAUCAUUUACCAGAGUGCGGCCAUGUCGAAAGAAUUGUCGAUUUGUAAAUAAGCUUUUUCCCAUUAAAUAAAACCAGCCAAAGAGUCCAAAGUAAAGAGAAAGAAAAAAUAAAACGGCUUUAUGCCCAUGCAUACACCUACAAAAAAAA